AUUUUUAUUUCAAGGUCGGGAGGAUUGCGGGAAAAUGAUAAAGUGUACACUGCGCCAGGAGAAGAACGGGAGGAUAUUCUUCCCGGAUUCUAACCAAGAAAUCAGUAGAAAGAUAAUGGUCGUCUUCCCUCCAAAACCAAACCCAGAUCAGAACACAAUGUACGGGUUCAGUGAGGAGACUCAGGAACCGGUUUAUGUCCAGAUGGCGUUCGAAUCUCAUCCUCGUCCAACAGCUGAUCAGAUGACGUGGUUUAUUGGAGAUAUGGAGCAAUCAGUUCAACUUCAUCCUGGGCAGGAAUCUGCGGAUGGUUUGUAUUCAGCUGGUGAUCUGAAGAAGGGAGCAGGGGAUUGGUCCAAUGUAUCUCUGACCAUCAACUCUAUGUCUAGAUCUGAUCAAGAUCUUCAAUACCAUCUCAGUGUUAAGAAUGAUUUUAGUGAAGAGCCUACAAUUUAUUCCUUUACUGUUAUGUUCAAUGCUAAGCCUAUUACCACAACAACAACCACAACAACCACAACAACUACAACUACCACUACAGUUACAACCACAACAUCAAAACGAGAGUUGCAGUUUGUUACAUUGAAAAACGUUGAGGUAGAGAGUAUGGGAGGUGGAUCUGUGGCAGCUAUUGUACUGAUCCUGAUAGCUCUAUUGAUUACAUGUAUUUCUAUAUUCUGGUUGAAGAAAAAUGAAAGAUUAUGCUUCAAACCUUAUCAGGAGGUGACUCAGAAUCCAGGGGAAAAUGAGAAACCAAUAUUAAGAGCUUAAAGAUUGACAGACUCUCAAGUACUCCCCAGUGCAUGAGAAAACAGACAAAUGUUUAAUAAACUGAGUCUGGUAAGAACGAACUUGUAGAAAAUAUUGUAAUCAGUUUCUUAAAAAAUAAAAUAAUGUUUAACUUAAA